AUGCCCUCACGAAUCAUGCGCUCGUCAGCUGGUGUGGUAAGCUUCGCCUUGGUGCUGGGACUUUGGACGUCAAUGCUUGCGAGCAGUUUUGUUAGCCCACUGCGACUGGGUGGCGCUACUCUGGGAGCUCGAAGAGCUCAGGGGGCUGUGCCUUCGGACGCAGGUGUGGCAGGUGCUGCAGGCGCUGCAGGUUCGACAGGUCCCGCGUUGGGCCUGGUUAUGACGCUGGUCAUCGCAGGUCUCUCUGCGCGAACACAGCGUCAGAGGCACGUCAUAGUGGGCCUCCGGGCAGAAGCAGAAGCGAAGGAGGAAGCAAAAGAGGAAGCGGCGGAAGAGUCAGCUGAGCCCAAUGCCGAGGACGGCCUGAGCCGCAAGAAGAUGCAGCUGAGGAGGAUGAAGGAAGUGAAGAGGAAGAGAAGAAUAAGAAACCUGCCAAGUGGAAAUGCCUUGACUGUGGCAGCAU